GAUUGAUUGAGUCUGUUUUGAGUCGGAUUCAAUAAAUUUUGGCAGUCGAUUCAAAAUUUAAUAGAGUACUUAAACAUUUACUUUUUAAUUUUUCGUAUUAAGCAUUUUGAAUUUUGAAAAAAAAGCUCUCAUCUAGUAUAAAUUUUAUGUACUCCUAAAAACUUUCCAUCAACCUUUCAAUUGGUUUGUGGUCAUAGACUCAUAGUCGGCUCUCACAAUUUUGGUGAAAUGUAAAGAAGAAACGGAAAGGGAGGGUAAUUAAUUUUCACAUUCCCUCUUGAGUUAAAUAGUAUAAAUGCUUAAUAAUUAUUAUACCAAUAAGUGGGCCUUUUAUAAUGGUAUAAUAUCUUAAGUAAAUGCUAAACACCUUUUUAUUGGGAGUUAUAUGAUUUUGUGAUACUGGUCUAUAACCAUUCCUCUUCCUUCAACCUUUUUAAUUUUCACUAAUUAUGGGAAUUAAUUAAACGUUGCUUUUAGUAAAAUUAUAGUUUUCAUUGAAUAUUUUUCUGGGUAGAGUUUUUGGCAGAAGAUUGAAUAUGGGUUUUAUAAACACAAUAAUGAGUAUUUUUGGGUUUGGAUUUGGAUCUUGUAUUGGGAUUGUGAUUGGAUACUACUUUUUCAUCUUCUUCCAGCCUACUGAUGUGAAGGAUCCUGAAGUUCGUCCUUUGGUCGAGCUAGACAGCAAGACAUUGCUGAGGGUGCUUCCUGAGAUACCCCUUUGGGUGAAAAAUCCGGACUUUGAUCGUGUUGAUUGGCUUAAUAAGUUCAUACAAUAUAUGUGGCCCUACCUAGAUAAGGCAAUUUGCAAGACUGCAAAGGAAAUAUCGAAACCCAUUAUUGCUGAACAAAUUCCGAAGUACAAAGUUCAGUCUGUUGAAUUUGAAACACUUAGCUUAGGUACCCUGCCUCCUACAUUCCAAGGAAUGAAGGUAUACAUGACUGAAGAGAAAGAGUUGAUUAUGGAACCAGCAUUGAAGUGGGCUGGGAAUCCUAACAUCCAUGUUACUGUCAAAGCAUUUGGUUUAAAAGCCAGUGUCCAGGUUGUCGAUUUGCAAGUGUUUGCUCAUCCACGUAUUACAUUGAAGCCUCUGGUGCCCGCUUUCCCUUGCUUCGCCAACAUAUAUGUUUCCCUUAUGGAGAAGCCUCAUGUCGACUUUGGAUUGAAAUUAUUGGGUGCAGAUGCUAUGGCGAUUCCAGGCUUGUAUAGAUUUGUUCAGGAAAUUAUAAAAGAACAGGUAGCAAACAUGUACUUGUGGCCUAAGGCCCUCGAAAUACCUAUUCUGGAUCCCGGCAAAGCUAGGAAGAGACCAGUUGGAAUUUUACAUGUUAAGGUUGUGAGAGCAAUGAAUCUUAAAAAGAAAGAUCUUCUUGGAGCAUCUGACCCGUAUGUCAAGCUGAAACUUACCGAGGACAAGCUUCCUUCGAAGAAAACUACUGUCAAGUACAAGAACUUGAAUCCUGAGUGGAACGAGGAAUUCACUAUGUCUGUAAGAGAUCCAGAGACUCAAACUCUAGAGGUUUUUGUCUUUGACUGGGAAAAGAUUGGCUCCCAUGAAAAGAUGGGUAUAAACGUUGUUCCGCUGAAAGAGCUUACACCAGAUGAAACGAAAGUCAUCACUUUGGAGCUUUUGAAAACCAUGGAUCCGGAUGAUGCUCGAAACGAAAAGUCUCGUGGAGAGCUGGUUCUAGAACUUACUUACAAACCAUUUAAGGAGGAUGAGAUGCCCAAUGAUGUUGAAGAGUCUGGUGCAGUUGAGAAGGCUCCUGAAGGCACACCUGCAGGCGGUGGUUUACUUGUGAUCAUUGUCCAUGAAGCUCAAGAUGUGGAAGGAAAGCACCACACAAAUCCUUAUGUUCGUCUGCUUUUUAAAGGUGAAGAAAGAAAGACUAAGAUGAUAAAGAAAAACAGAGACCCGAGAUGGGGAGAAGAGUUCGAGUUUAUGUUGGAAGAACCACCAACUGACGAUAGACUACACGUAGAAGUGAUUAGUGCCUCAUCAAGAAUCGGUUUACUUCAUCCAAAGGAAACACUGGGAUAUGUUGAUAUAAAUCUUGCAGAUGUUGUCAAUAAUAAAAGAAUCAACCAAAGUUACAAUCUCAUUGACUCGAAAAAUGGCCGGAUUCAGAUUGAACUGCAAUGGAGAACCUCAUCAUAGGACUAUGAAAUUUAAGCACUUGCUUAUGUGAAUUUAUUCCCUUUGGAUAUUGGAACAGAUGAUUUAGACUUGUUUUCCUGGUAACGCUUUUGAACAAUAGUUUGCUAUUUGUGAAAUAACGUGUAAAAAACAUUUUGCUUGAUAAUUGAUAUUGGAGUAUGCUUUUCAAAA